UCACCUCUCUACUGGAAUUAUCUCUUUCCGGACGUUUCACCCUACAUAAAAAUGGACCCUUUUUUCUCUUCCAUCACCGUAGCUCCUCAGCCCCCGAUCCCUCCCCCGUUCGUCGUUGCUCCUCUCUUCGCUUCCAAUCCCCCGCCGCCCACGACGGGGACCGGUGGUCCUCCUCUGAGCUUCGAUCACCCUUCUUACUCUGACAUGAUAUGCGAGGCUAUCGCGGGUUUAAAAGAAGCCAACGGGUCAAGCAAGAGGGCUAUAGCCAAGUACAUAGAGUCAGCUCACAAGGACUUGCCACCAACUCACUCGGCCUUGUUGACCCACCACUUGAAGCGCUUGAAAAACAACGGCAUCUUAGUUAUGGUGAAGAAAUCUUACAAGCUUGCUUCUGAUGCUACCAGAUCUGAAGUUCCGAUCCCCGAUUCCACUCCCACCGAUGCUCCGACCGGUCUCAAAAGGAGCCGCGGUCGCCCUCCUAAACCCAAACCCUCAAUCCCCGCUGCUGGCGCCGAACCCGUUCCGGCUCAGCAACCGCCCGCUCCGAUUCCCGAUGUGACUAAAAGGACUCCCGGUAGGCCGAGAAAAAAUGGUCCGGUCGAUCAACUUGGCGUUAGGAAGGGUCGGGGUCGUCCACCCAAAACCGGGCCUAAGAAGAGUCCCGGUCGACCGAGGAAGCCUAAGACGGUGAGGUCAGUGGUGGGGGCCAAUGCGAUCAAAAGGGGUCGUGGACGGCCUCCCAAGGCCCCUGCUAUGCCGAACCAGGGUCAGGUCGUGGCCGUUCCUUAUGCUGAUACUGCUGCUGCUACCACUGUCAUUGCUGCUAGUCCGAGACCCAGAGGAAGGCCCAAGGGCACCACCGUAGCUGCUGCUGGCGGCGUCGCCGUCAGUGGAAAGGGGAGAGGUCGACCGCCUAAGACCGGUGGGGUCGCCGCCAAGCCCAGGACUUCAACCGGUAAACCCGUUGGCCGUCCCAAGAAGACAUCGGGCGGAGCAGCAACAUAUGCAGAUCUGAAGAGAAAACUUGAAUUCUUUCAAUCGAAAGUGAAGCAAGCAGUUGAAGUACUAAAGUCUCAGUACAGCAGAGAGAACAACAUCAGUACAAUCGAUGCAAUCCAAGAUUUGGAAGGACUUGCCAUGAUGGACAUCGGCGAACCGUAUAAAGAGGAUGCUCGACUGCCGGAACCGACACAACCACCACCAGUGCCGCAAGGCGAAGGACAAUUGUAUUGAUAAAAUCCCUUUCUCCCCUGUAUGAUUAUAUCAAGAACAAUGGGGGGAAAAUGUUCUGACCCCUAGACAUGAAAUUUGUGAUAUAUUUUGUGUAAAGGGAGGAGUAGGAAGUUGCAGGUGUUGUUUAUUGUUGUUGAGGUGUGUUGUUUGUAAAACCUUUUUCUAUGUAGUGCAACAUUAUUCAGGCAUCA